AUGUGGGUGUGGCCUAAGACGCGUGAAGAAGCCCCCAUACCGGGUAGCCUUAUCCUCCUCUUCUCAUCUUUACCCGACGGUGCAAAGAAAAGGGAAAAAGAUACAAACGACGACAUCGUCUCUCUGACCUCACCUCUAUCUUCGGUCAGCGCUCUAGUCGGUCAUUCCACCUCCGCCUACACACUAAACGAUGCAAUCCAUAGUGCGGAGGAAGUUCGAACCACAUCAUUGUUUUCCAUCUCCGGCGAUAAUUCCAGCCGACCACUCCACCUCUGGCCACACAAGACGGCGACGACUUCACCUCCGUUCACUCCUUCAACCGACGAUUCCAUCUCUGGUCCGAUUUUGAACUCUAUCUUUGCUUCGAUUAUAUUACUUUCAACCACUUGGGUUGUGGUGACUUGGCGAUUUCCGAUUCCUUGCCGUCGAUUGCUCGCCGCCGACUUCCAUCAUCGGAUACCGUCGCACCCACAACACCGGAGACCGUCGCACACAACAGAUACGAUUCAGUCUCUGAGUAUGACAGUGUUAAAGAGAUACGUGCUAAGGUUAUUCAUGUCAUUGAAAUACGUUACUGCAAACAUAGUGGACAGAAACAAUGGCAGAAUAGUUGCAACAGCUUCAACAGUUGAACAAUCCAUAAAAACCUCACUUGAAUGUGGUAGAACAUGUAAUGCCAAAGCUGCAACAGUUGUGGGUGAGGUGUUGGCUAUGAGGCUAAAGGUAGAAGGUCUUGAAUCUGGUCAAGGAAGAGGCAUUCAUGUAGAUGUCAACAAAGAACUUGAGAAAAAAGAUUUUAAGAACAGAACAAAGGUCUGGGCUGUUAUCAAUUCCCUCAAGAACAAUGGAGUCAAACUCAUACUUGAUGACACUAAUGACACUUCAAAGCCAGCUUAUUAAAUCUAUAUUCGUUAUUACUCAUUUAACUUGUUGAUGUUUUGUAUGUAACAUGGGAAACUGUAUUUGGGUUUUGAAUGGCAUUUUCCAUGUCAUCUUAUAAAGAAAAAGCUAAAAUGCCUGUAUUUUUUUAUAAAAUAUAAAGUUAUAUAAAAACAGAAUAGAACUUGUGUAUUGGCAUUUUUGAUUUUCCACGUCAUCUUAUGUAUUUGCCUGGGUUCACAGUUGACGAAUUGAAAUUCUGUUUGACAGCUCUAGUUAUCGUUGAUUGCAUUAAAGUGCACAAAAAAGUUAUAAAAUUGGUCACUUACGUUUAAUAUAUGUCGU